AUGACUUCAGUGAGAAAGUUUAAGUUGGCCGGUAUCCAAUUGGGACCGAUUCAAAGGGCUACCAAAAAGGAGGAUACAGUUGUGAGGCUAGAUAGGCUCUUGAAUGAAGCAGCUGACAAGGGAGCCAGCUUAGCUAUAUUCCCCGAAUGCGCAUUGACCUCCUUCUUCCCGAGAUGGGAUUUAAAGCUGCAAGAAGAGAUAGAUUCGUUUUUCGAAAAAGGUGAUAUUAGCAAGGGGAUCUGCAAGCCUUUAUUUAAAACCGCCCAGAGUCGAAGAAUCGGAUUUGUUUUGGGAUACGCUGAGAUCACAGAUGAUAAUCAUCAUUACAACACCUGUAUUUUAGUUGAUAAUCGGGGAAAAAUUAUCCAGAAAUACAGAAAAACUCACUUGCCUGGAUUCGAUGAUCCAAUUAAGGGGCCAGAGUUCCAACAACUUGAGAAAAGAUACUUUGAUUAUGGCACAGAGGGGUACGUGGCUGCUAAAAGCGACCCAGAGUGGAUAGAUACAACAAUAGGAAUGCUUAUAUGUAAUGAUCGUCGUUGGCCUGAGGCAUGGAGAUGCUAUGCGUUGCAAGGAAUGGAGCUUUGCAUUAGUGGAUAUAAUACGCCUUGUAGAGAUAGCACAUACGGCAUGGCAGAAAACAAGACUCUACGAUUGUAUCAAUCUGAAUUAGCGACAAAAGGUAAUGCUUACAUGAAUUGCUGUUUUGCAGUAUCAGUCGCAAAGUGCGGGGUUGAAGAUGGUCAACAACUUAUCGGGGGAUCAUUGAUAGUUGCGCCGGAUGGUACAGUAAUAGCUCUGGCCAAGACAGAAGAUGAUGAGAUACUUUUGGGUGAUAUCGACCUAGAUAAAGUGAUCUACGGUAGAAGUAAAAUGUUUGAUUUUGGUCGCCAUAGGAGACCAGAACUCUAUAAAAGAAUUGUGAAACAGAAAGGUAUAAUACUACCUUUGACAUAA